CCUCUUCGACUCUUCCCUCUUGCUCUUCUCAUCUUCUGACUCUUCUCAUCAUCUAGACUCAGCUGCCGGCGCUUAUUGUCCCCGCCGCAGCUGGCACCGGAGCAGGCAGCUGGCACUGCAGUUUCCUAUCUUCGGCCGCCACCACAAGCGCGUCGCGUCUUUGGUCGUAACUUUCGCCUCUUUGGAUCAUCGUCGCACCGCCGCUCUGUUCCGCCGUCUUUUGUUCUGCCGUCCGCCUUUCCUCGUCGUGACCAGUUCUGUUCUCUGUUCUCUGGGUACCCCCGCCUUUCCUCAAGGUUCUUCUCUGUUCCGCCGUCUUCUGUUCUUUGCAUUUCCUUUAUGGGUUCUACCGUUCUAAGGGUGUAGAGAAUUUGAGUUUGCAUCUGUGAUAUUAGUUUAUGAAUCAAGAAUCCUUAUGAAUGGUUCAAUAAUGCUUAAUUGCUUAGCUUUGUGAAAUUAGUCAGAAAUGAUAAACUGGUAACAUAUAUAGUUCCUGAAACAAGUAACUGGAGAUAUUUAUGUUGCUAUAAUGCUAUGCUACUAAGUGUUCUAGAUUGGUAUUAUUUUUUAAACGAUCUCUAAUUUAUUUACUUUGUUGUAGUUAUAGACUUAUAGUAAUAUGAUCUUCUAUACACAUAUGAUCUAAUCUUAUUGCAUUUGAAUGAUGACUCUGCUAUUAUUAUUUGUAAAUAUAGUUCCUUAUAAUUUUGAAAAGUUAUCAAAGUAAACAUUGCUGCCAUCUCCAAGAACCUUAUUUGUAAAUAUAGAUCCUCCAUUGAUUCCCAUGAUCCUUGCUCCUUAUGAUCUUUGGAUUUGAAGCGUUUAUUUGACGCCAACUGUUUAAUGACUCUGAUUCCUAUAGCACAAGAAAUUCCAUGGUUUUACACAGGAACCGCUUCAUUACAUUCCCAACCCCCAAAAGCUUCACCUUUGUUAACGCAGUUCCUCAACACUUCGACAACCAUUCUUCAUCUCAAACAGACCCAGGCCUUCGCACUUAAACUCCUCUCUCACCAACCGCUUCAAUACAAUCACUUCUUGGGUCGUUUGUUUCUGAGGAUUCUCCGUCUUAAUGCCGGAAUAUCUAAUCUCUGCUAUGCCCACAAACUGUUUGAUGAAAUGCCAAGCUGCCCAAACAGCUUCCUUUGGACAUCCCUUAUUCGUGCAUUUAUAUCUGGUACCCAAUUUCGCCAUGGAAUUUCCACCUAUGCUAGGAUGCACCAAAAUGGGGUCUUGCCAUCUGAGUUCACCUAUUCCACAGUCCUCAAUGCAUGCGGACGUAUCCCCGCCAUGUUCGAAGGGACACAAGUACAUGCUAGAGUGGUGCAGUCAGGUUUCUUGGGGAACAAGUUUGUGCAAACCACUAUACUUGACAUGUAUGCGAAGUUUGGUAGUGUUUUCGAUGCAAGGGUGGUGUUUGACGGGAUGUGUGAUAGAGACCUAGUUGCAUGGACGGCAAUGAUUUGUGGGUAUACCAAGGCAGGGAUGAUGAUUCAUGCGAGAUGGUUGUUUGAUAACAUGGGGGAGAAGAAUUCUUUUACUUGGACUACUAUGGUUGCAGGGUAUGCAAAUAGUGGAGACAUGAAAUCAGCCAAGAAAUUGUAUGAUGCCAUGGACGAGGAGAAUAAGAGUGUGAUCACAUGGGUAGCAAUGAUAGCUGGUUAUGGGAAGCUCGGUAACGUAAGUGAAGCAAAAAGGGUGUUUGAUAGGAUAUCAACGCCACGUGAUCCGUCAGCAUGUGCAGCAAUGCUGGCUUGUUAUGCCCAAAAUGGGUAUGCAAAGGAAGCUAUUGACAUGUAUAAGGAAAUGAGGCAAUCAAAAAUUAAAAUCACUGCGGUGGCAAUGGUGGGUGCUUUAUCAGCAUGUGCACAACUUAGGGAUAUUCAAAUGUCAAGUACAUUGACAGAACAUGUUGAGGAGAGUAUUUAUGAUAGGAUACAUAUUAUAUCCAAUUCAUUGAUCCACAUGCAUUCCAAAUGUGGAAACAUAAACUUAGCUUGGACGGAAUUCAGUAGAAUGAAAUACAGAGAUGUGUAUAGUUAUAGUGCAAUGAUUGCAGCCUUUGCUGAGCAUGGGAAAUCACAAGAUGCUAUAGAUCUUUUCCUAAAGAUGCAGAAGGAAGGAUUGCAGCCAAACCAGGUUACAUUCGUGGGUCUCCUCAAUGCAUGUAGUUCUUCAGCUCUCGUCGACGAAGGUUGUAGGUAUUUUCGGACUAUGACUGAGAUAUUUGGUAUUCAGCCCUUACCCGAGCAUUAUGCUUGCAUGGUAGAUCUGCUUGGGAGGGCUGGGCAACUUGAAAGGGCAUACUGUCUCAUAAAGCAGAAUGCAAGCGCCGAUGCAACCGCCUGGGGUUCUUUAUUAGCAGCUUGCAGGGUUUAUGGCAAUGUGGAAUUGGGUGAGACAGCUGCUAGACAUCUCACCAUGAUUGACCCUGAGGAUUCAGGAAAUUAUGUGCUUCUAGCAAACACUUAUGCAUCGAAGGACAAAUGGGAACGUGCAGAAGAAGUUAGGAAGUUCAUGAGUGAAAAGGGAAUGAAAAAACCUUCAGGGCAUAGUUGGAUACAAAGAGAGAUAAGUGGAUAGUUUAGAGAUGAAAUAUUUUGAUUGUUAAUCUUCUGCUUCUUCUGCCAAUGUAAUGGGAUGAAUUCCUUCUGCAUUUCCAAAGUUCUUUCCAAUGGUGGAUGCUAGAGAAGAAGCACAUUCAUUGUUAAAACAAUGUAAUUAACUUUAGUCUAUUACUAUGGAUUGUACCUUAAAACAAUAGUUGCAAGUAAUUAGAUCAUGUUUUCUCUUUGUUUUGUGGAGAUCAA